AUGAAAGGCCCACCUGCUGGCGUCAAUCGCCCCAAGGAAUCCGCAGAAGGACUUGCAGAGCAGCAACGUCGAAGGCCGCGAGACCGAGCAACCGCUGAGCAGUCAGCGACAUCAACAGCUGAACCCUCUCGUAGCCAGUUGGGCUUGCGAAUGGGUCCGGAUGGCCUACUGAGAGUCGACCUUUUAAGGGUCCAGCCUCAAUCCCCCGGUUGCGACGGGCAGUCGGCCUGGGAUCGCCCGGAGCAAGAUCGCUUGGCGGAUUUCAAAUCGCAAAUGGCCAUUCCCACGGGACGUCCGUACGCCGGGAUGUCAUACCCAGAACAACGAGGAAGCCAUACGGCCACGCUUACCUCAGCUUCUGUGUUGGCGCUCGCCGAGACGCCCAAGGAUAAGCUGUUCACGGAGCUCUGGCCUGCUUGUAGCGAGAAGGUCUAUCCGGGUGCGCUCAACAUGGAUGCGAUUGAUAGCAGUGUUUUGUGCGCUUUGGCUACGGCUCUUGAUGAUCGGAUAGAAGUGUAG